AGAGAGUCUUCUCUCGAGGCCUAUAGCCCGUCAGGCGGUUGUGCAGGGGCGGCCCAGGGGCGGCCAGUGGACGGGGCUGACGGGGCGGGGCGGGCAGUGGGGGAGAGCGCCGCUAGAGCCGCCGCCGGCCGCCACGUCCUCCCUUCAGUCAGUCUUCUCGCGUCGCACCCCGAGAGCGAAGCCGCGCGCGCCGCAUGUGGACCGAGGUCAGCACGAUGUACCGUCCGUUUGAAGCUCCUCCACGCCAAGACAUCGACCGACCUUAGUCCUGGUCGAGAACGGGUGAUGGCUGACGAUCGCCGAGCAGGAGACCGUGUGCGAACCCGUCCAGUGAUAGGAGCGGGGCGGUUACGGUGAGGGCAAGCCACGCCGGCUGGACUGGUCCCUGAGCGUGCCCCAGUGCAACCAUGAGCGACUCAGGGGACACGGAGGCGGACGGCUCGACGGCCAACCUGGCCGAGGGGGAAGGAGGAAAGAGCGACUCCAAGAAGAAGAUCAUCCGCCUCCUCACCGUCAUGGCGUACGUGUCGGCCGUGUCGGGGUCCGCCUUCAUGCUGUCCAUGUACUACCUGUUCCUAUGGGAGCCCAAGGUGGCCGAACACCACCUCAGGGCGGACCCCAACUCGCACCAGGCGCUCGCCCUCCAGGGCCACCACAGUCCCCCGCGCGGUGCCGGGGACUACUGGCAGCUGGGCCCGCACGACGCGCACUCUCCGUACCGGCCGCCCGGCACCCCCGAGGCGUUCCCCAUAGGGGCGUACCGGCCCUUGGCCCCGGCCCUGGGCCCGCCCGCCAGCACCCACCAGCGGCCCUACCAGGACCUGCCGCCCGUCUGGAUGCACGCGCCCCCGCCGCCCCCGCGCCCGCCCAGCCUCAGCCAGGUGAGGGCCGACUCGGUGCUGCUCGACAGGAUCGCCGCCAUCGCCGGGGCGCCGUCGGAGUCGCCACCCUUGGCGCCCGAGUCACGCGCCCCGGUCACGCUGCACCGCCGGCGUCCAAUACUGGAUGGGGCGCCAGAAGAGGCCCCCGCCUCCUCUCCGAGUGUGAGGGAGGUCCCGCUAGUCUCGACCCCCAUCGUCGCCGUGCCGACGCACUCGUCCGAGGUGACAACGGCGCGCGGCGGUGAGCUGCCCUCUCCUCGGCCCUCGCUGCAGCAGCCGCCGCCGCCGCCGCCACCGCCGCCGGGUCCGCGGCCUGCCCUACGAAUGACGCCCGUGGUCGCGUCCACCCCGUCGGCUCCGCGACUCUUGGAGGACAUUUCUCUGGUGUCGUCCAUGCGACUUCAACCCUCCGCCUCGCCGAGCCCUGUGGAGGUGAGCCGUCCGAGGCCAUCGCCGAGCCCGGACGUACCAGCCUCGCCGAAUCCACCAGCCGCUGCCCGUGUCGGCAACGAGACAACGGUGAAGGCCUCAGGUGUCACGGCCGCUGUAACCGUCGGCGAACUCGAGGCCGUCGCCGUCGCAAAGGAUCGACGCUGAUCAUCGCGACCUG